AUGUCCAUAGAGCCGCCGCCGUCGCCAUCGGCGGGAGACGAGUUCGCGGUCGACGACGGAGAGCUAGGGCCGGCAGAAAGUCCGGUCAAUUUCGGCAGUCGGCAAACCCUCGACCAGAUCCGGAAUCUGACGGACGUCGGCGCCAUGACGCGCCUCCUGCACGAGUGCAUCGCCUACCAGCGCUCUCUGGAUCUCAAUCUGGAGGCCCUCCACGCGCAGCGCUCCGAUCAUGAUCGGCAGUUGAUCUCCCUUGAUCGGUCCUCCCACCACCUGCUCUCCUCCGUGCGGUCGGACGCCGACCACCUUCUCUCCUCCGUCCGUUCCACCUCCGAUCUUGCCGACCGUGUCAGCUCCAAGGUCCGAGAACUUGACCUUGCACAGUCGCACGUCCAGGCCACACUUUCUCGUAUUGACGCAGUCGUCGAGCGCGGCCACUGCCUUGAUGGCGCUCGCCGAGCUCUUGAUGUCGAGGACUAUGAGUCAGCGGCCGAUUUCGUCCGCACCUUCCUCCAGAUCGACGCUCGUUACCGGGACCCUGGCUCCGAUCAGCGGGAGCAGAUGAUGGAGAUUAAGCGGCAACUCGAAUCCAUUGUGCGACGCCGGCUCUCUGCAGCUAUUGACCAGAGGGAGAAGCCCAGCAUCCUCCGCUUUGUGAGGACUUUCCCCCCUUUGGGUCUGCAGGAUGAGGGGCUCCAGGUUUACGUUGCCUACCUCCGGAAAGAGAUUGCCCUCCGAUCUAGGUUGGAUUUUGAACGCCUAGUUGAGCUCUCAGAGCAGCAGCAGCAGCGGAGGCCGCAUCAGGUCAAUCCACCAGCUCCGGAGGAAGUCAAUUUCGUGGAUUGUCUGAUGCAUUUGUUCAAGGACAUAGUCGAGGCUAUCGAGGAGAAGGACUUGGAUGACAAGGACAAAGUUCUGAGUAGCCUUUGUGGGGAUGAUGGGAUUGUGUACGCGAUAUGUGAACUGCAAGAAGAGUGCGAUUCCCGAGGAACACAGAUCCUGAAGAAAUACAUGGAGUACAGGAAGCUGCCGAGGUUAGCAUCCGAGAUCAACUCCUACAGCAAGAACCUGCUAUCGGUUGCGGCUACAGAGGGGCCAGAUCCGAGGGAAGUUGAGAAACACCUUGAGGAGAUCUUAACACUAACUCAACUUGGAGAGGACUACAUGGAGUUCAUGGUGUCUAAGAUUAGGGGGUUGGGUUCCGCAGAUCAGGAGCUCGGUCCCCGGGCCACGAAGGCAUUCCGAAGCGGCAGCUUCAGCCGGAUGGUGCAGGAGCUAACUGGAUUUUAUGUGAUUCUAGAAGAGUUCUUCAUGGUAGAGAAUAUCAGGAAGGCAAUAAGAAUUGACGAGCAGGUGCCAGAUAGCCUCACAACUUCAUUGGUGGAUGAUGUGUUUUAUGUUCUUCAGAGCUGCUGCCAACGAGCUAUCUCCACCGCCAAUAUCAACUCGGUUUUUGCAAUUUUGAGCUGCGCAAUGAACUUGCUGAGCAACGAGUAUCAGGAGGCAUUACAGCAGAAGAUCAGAGAGCCGAACCUGGGGGCGAAGCUCUUUCUUGGUGGAGCUGGAGCACAGAAAACAGGGACGGACAUUGCGACUGCUUUGAACAACAUCGACGUGAGCGCAGAAUACGUCUUGAAGCUGCGUCACGAGAUCGAGGAACAAUGUGCAGAAGUAAGUGAGCUUCCAAAACCCUCGAGUCAUUGUACCUGCCGCAGUUUUUCUCUUUGGUGUGUGUGAUUUGCAUCAUCCCUCUGAUUCGAAUCAUCUGACGAUGAUUUCCAUGACCUCCAAUGAUGAGUAUGGUUUUGCUCAGCUUUAAAUUGAGAUGAACGAUUAUGAUGUUAUUGUGUUCUGCAUGAGAAGUUAACGCGGUCCAUCCGAAGGAUACGCGAAGGAAUGUGCAGAUUCGUUUGACCAACCAAGAUCUCUGCACAUUCUGAGAGGGAUGAAACGUUUCUUAUCAUAUGUGAUGCAGGUGUUCCCUGCGCCGGGCGACCGAGACAAGUUGAAGUCGUGCGUGUCCGAGUGGGGCGAAAUAAGCAACAGCUUCAAGCAGGUUCUGAAUGCCGGGAUGGAGCAGCUGGCGACGACGUUGACGCCCCGGAUCCGCCCCGUUCUGGACAGCGUGGGAACCAUCAGCUACGAGCUCUCCGAAUCGGAGUACGAGGAGUACGAGGUCAAUGACCCCUGGGUCCAGAAGCUCCUCCACGCCGUGGAGACCAACGUGGCCUGGCUGCAGCCCCUGCUGACCCCCAGCAACUACGACUCCUGCGUCCACCUGGUCGUUGACUUCGUGGUCAAGAGGCUGGAGGUCCUGAUGGUCCACAAGCGGUUCACCCCUCUGGGGAGCCUCCAGCUGGACCGAGACAUCAGGGCCCUGGUCAACCACUUCUACGGGAUGACCCAGCGCCCCGUCCGGGACAAGUUCGCCCGCCUCACCCAGAUGACCACCGUCCUCAACGUCGAGAAGGUCUCCGAGAUCUUGGACUUCUGGGGGGAGAACUCCGGCACGAUGACGUGGCGCCUGACCCCCGCCGAGGUCAGAAGGAUCCUGGGCCUAAGGGUUGACUUCAAGCCCGAGGCCAUUGCCGCGCUCAGGCUCUGA